AUGACGUCAGCUGAAGAGAAAAAUAGUAAUGGACAAUAUAGACUUGGAUUUUGUUAUCAAUAUGGAAUUGGUACAGAAGAAGAUACCUACAUGGCUACAAAAUGGUUUAAAAAUGCUUCAAAUAACAAGCGAGAUAAUUGGAAUAUUUCUAUAGAAGAAAAUACAACUAUUGAAUUAUUUAUGACUAAGAUAGAAAUUAAUAAUCAUCAUCAUGUAACUAAAAUUUUGAUGAAUUAUAUAACCCAGAAUGAUGCAAACUCAAUUGAGUUAUUUGAUUAUAUGCAAGAUUGUGAUGAUGAUGUUAAUGUUAAUAAUAUAAAGCUUAUAUUGGGAUUUUUUUACCAAUGUGGAAUAGGUACCAAAAUAGAUGCAAAAAUAGCAUUUAAUAUAUAUCUGAAUUUAUCAAAUUAUGGUGUAAAAGAUAAAAUUGUUGGCUAUUUACUUGGAUAUUGUUAUCAUCAUGGAAUUGGAAUACAACAAGAUCUUAAUCAGGCCUUUCAAUGGUACUUAAUAUCAGCUGAAAAUGGAAAUAGCAAUGCUCAACGCAAUGUUGGAUGUUGUUAUCAUUAUGAAAUUGAUGAAAUCAGGGAUUAUAAUAAGGCUUUUGAAUGGUAUUUGAAAUCAGCUGAAAAUGGAAAUGGAGGUGCCCAAUUCAUUGUUGGGUUUUGUUAUCAUUAUGUAAUUGGUGUAGAAAAAAAUUAUGGUAAGGCAUUUGAAUGGUAUUUAAAAUCCGCAGAAAAAGGAAAUAGUAAUGGUCAAUAUAGUGUUGGAUAUUGUUACCAUUAUGGAAUUGGUACAAAAAAAAAUUAUAAUAAAGCUUUUCAGUGGUAUCUAAUGUCAGCUGAAAACAUGAAUAGUAAUGGUCAAAAUAGUGUUGGAUAUUGUUAUGAAAAUAAAAUUGGCACAGAAAGAGAUGUUGAUAAAGCUACUAAAUGGUAUAAAAUGGCUUCAAGGCAUGGGCAUUCAAAUUCAAAUAUUGAAAUAGUACAAGUUAAAAAAACUACAACCAUUAAAAAAUUUUUUAAACUUUUUUGA